AUGGCUCCGGAAGGAAGAUCGCGAGCCCGGAGAACGGACAAAGUAAGGAAGAUGCCACUGCGGUCUCCUGAAAGAGGCAAGUUAGAAGGCAUGAGGGUCCCGGGCUGGGAGGAGAGCAAUGGUUGCCAACCUCCGGUCUCCAGAGACGCAGCCUCCCGGCAGCCCAAGCUCGGUCCCACCCGCCCCGCCCCGCCCCCGGCCUCGCGCCGCCCCUCGAACUCCCAGGCCGCCGGGGCUCGCGGGGCUCGCGGCCCAUCGCCCUCGGGCCUGACCCGAGUUGCGCCGCAGCUGCCCGUGGCGCGACGGCAAAGCCCAGGCCUCUGCUGCGAGGGGCCCAGGGACGGCGCUGCCAAGAACGCCCGCGGAGAAGCCCGCAGCGCCAGCCCGCCGCACCUGCCUAGGCCCCAAAGCGUCCCCGGCCCGAGUCCCCGCGGAUUCAGCCCGGCGCUCUCGGCCGCCUCCUUCAAAAGCCCGCACCUCCCACCGCCCGUCGACUCCGACUGCCCCAAACGCAACCGACCCCCUCCCAGCCUCAGCGCUGGCCCCGAGCCCUCUUCCGGCUCAGCCGGCCCCCGGCCGCGCGCCCCCGUUACCGGGAAUAUGGCGGCGGCGGCGGCGAGUCCGGACUAG